CGCCACUCUCCCGCUUCUUCCUUUUCUUGCUUCGCGUCCUGCCCUGCUGUUUCUCUUUAUUCCUGUAACACCCCCCACUCUGUUGUUCCUCCCCUUUCUUUCUCUUUCUCUUUCUCUCUUUUUCUCUUUCUCUUUCUCUCUUUUUCUCUUUCUCUUUCUAUCUCUCUCGCUCUCGCCUCCUUUCUCUGCCGCGGCGUGGAACGCGGAGACGUUCCGCCGACGGCGACGAGGGCACCGGAGCAAGCUGGCGAGCGCCUUGGACUGAAGGAGCAUUCUUUUCCGAAAGGACAACUGUGCGUUGUCGCGAGAGAUAUUUUUGCUGUCUCCGAAAAAGACAGAAAAGGCGGCGAACGCCCGAGGGGACUCUCUUGUGCGUUCUCAGGUGUAUCGACACCUCUCGGACAGCGCGAAAAGACGCAACGAAGCGCAUGCGUUUGAAAGACCUCCACACACAGCCUGCGGCUGCAUUUUCUUUUUUCUCCACUUCUCUCCGUCUCCAGGGAGAGUCUUUCACAUUUGUUUCCAGACUGUCGACGCGUUUCCGUCGCCUCAUCCGGCUCCCUUCCUCUCUUUCCUGUCCGCUGCGGCCCGGCCUUCAUCCCACAAGCCAGCGCGGCCGGCCGACCGGAACGGAAGGCGUGAGGAGGCGACGAGACGAGACAAGAAAGUUCUCCAAAACGGGGAACAGCCGAAGCCACCGGAUCGCGCAGCAGAAGGAAGGUCAGCGGGCAAGCUGCGUAUCGCGGAGACAAGCCUGGAGAGCACAGGCAGAGCGGGCAGAAGAAGGAGGAGAAGGCGAGGAAGAAGAAGGAACAAGAAAGCGGGAUCCUGACGCUUGGAAAGAAAGGAGGUUGUUUUUGCCUGGAGAUGGACGGCAUGAAGUACCAGAAGGGUGGAGACGCCUCGUUCGAGGAAGCGCCCUCGCUUUCGCUCAAGAAGCGUGGACGCUCUCAGCGUGAGGCUGCGAAGGAGGCGAAGACAGAUCUCCUUUCUCGCUGUGAAGCUGGAAAGCGGGAGUUCUUUGCGAGCACGAGGGCGCAGUCCUCUUCUGCGUUUUUUGCGUUGAAGCGAAAGCUUUCUUCGCGCGAUGCUGCGAAACCACACACCCUCGCAGCCGGCGCUCGGCAGACCGCGGCCGCUCUCGCGCUGCCUGUCUAUACACCCCACGGACAGUGGGCGCAGCGGGAAGACGCCGCUGGCGAGACGACGGCGAAGCCUUUGGAUGUCUCGGCGUCUCUGCGGGGAACGAAGGUCGCGAAACUCGAGAAAAGUCGGAGAAAACGGCAGGAAGAGUCGGUCCACGACGACGGCGGCCCACCGACCGCCAGAUUUCUCAAGAAACAGAAAACUGAAGAGCCGAGCGUCUCUGCUUCUCCCUCGCCUUCCUCGUCUUCCGCGCCGUCGUCGGUGUCUCGUAGCGGAUAUCAGCCUCUGUUUGAAGUGUCUGAGGCAGCCUGGAAAGCCGUACGACACUGCCGGUCGUUGGCGGAGAGGCGCCGAGAGCUCGCGAGUUUGUGCUCUUCGAUUCUCGCUUCUCCUGAGAAUCACAUGAAGGACUUCGAGGUCGUUUUCGCGUUCUUCUUCCACGCAAAGAAGCGGCUUCUGGACGUCUCUGCGACACUCGCGUCGCUCUCUCGCGAGCGGGCAGGCCUGCUGCGUCGUCUGGACAGCGGCUCGGAUGCUUCGGCAGUCGGGAGACUCCGAGACGUCGCAGAGAAACGGCGUUUUCUACGCUCAACAGCGACCGAGUGUGCCUACGUCGCAGGCGCCGCGCUGCUCUCUCUCGGCGCGCUGUUGAAGGAUGUACUCCCGGGAUACAAACUCGGCUUGGGCGGAGAGGACGAGGAGAAGGCGGAGAGGAGAGACGGAGGCAGCGGCGCCUUCCUCACAGGAAAGGCUGCGCUGAAGACUGUCCGGCUGUCGAAGGAAGUCGAGAAACUUCGCGCCUUCGAGGCCCAACUCCUCGAGGUGUACAGACGCUCCGUGCGUCUCAUCGAGGCGGAGAUCCACGCGGCGCUCGCGGCGGACUCCGCCUCGCGCCGCGGACUCCGUUGUAGCUGGGAAGAAGCCGCCGGAAGAGAUGACGAAGUUCGAGGAGGCAGAGCAGACGCCGCGGAAGAGGCAUCCACAGCUCCCCACCCAGAAGCGGCUUCGUCGCUCGCGACUUCGGCCCAACUCCUGCAUGCAGCGGCCACUGCGCUCUGCGAGUUGGUCCGCGCGCGGCCCAAGUUCAACGACGGCGACCGGCUCCUCAGUUUGUGUGUUUAUCUUGGGGGCGCGGCGUCUCGCCGAGAUCCGGAAGACGACGCGGAAGCCGACGACGACGCGACUCGGCUGCGGAGGACUGUGCGCCGGUCUGCCCUGAGUUGUUGCGCCUGUCUGAGGGAACUGGUCUCCGAGGACGCGUCGCUGGAAGUCGUCCUGGCAAUCGCCAGCGAGGUCUCUUCGCAGCUCGACCAAGCAGCGAAGCGCAGCGACCGCGAAGGUCACGACGCAGGCCUCAGUGCGCCCCUACUGGACAUUUUCCUCAGUCUGCGUCUGCGCGAGAAAGAGGUGGAAGCUCUGCGCGGAGACGACCGGCUCCCAGAGAAGGCCGACAAACAGCUGAAAGACCAUCUGCGACUUGCCUUUGUCCACACGGAAAAGAAGCUGUUCAAAAAGCGCGAGGCUGCGCUCCUGGAGCGACUCUUCAUCAUCUUCCUGAGAAUUCUAAAGUCGCUUGAUCGCCAGCCGCCCUCGCUGGUCACGGCGGCCUUUCGCGGUUUGGUUUGCUUCGCCUCGCACAUCAACACAGAGCUGCUCAGCGAAAUUCUUGUUCUCUUUCAAGAGCUCCUUCUGCGGCCCUGCGCAACUGCAUCCGAGCAACUCUCCUCCGUUCUCUCUUCUUCCUCUUCUUUUUCAGCGGGGGAUAAGAAGAGGAAGAAGGCGAAGAAGCCGUUGGAAGAGGAGGAAGCGAGGGUACUCUCUCCUCACCUGCAGAAAUAUCCAGAACUCGCUGCCGCCGCUAUCGCUACGCCUCUCCUGCUGCUUCAGCGUGUACAAACCGUUCUCCAGCUGGAUGUCUCGUGGCUAGCUCGAGCGCUCUGCGAUUUGAUUGUCUCCUCCGUCGCGCAGUUCGCGGCGGGGGCGGCGCCUCUUUCAGCGGCGCCUUCCUCUGGCUUUUUGGCGACUUCCUCGCUGCUGCAGCCUUUCACACACGACGCUGCGGCGCCUUCCUCGUUCGCCGCUUGCAGUGCGCCCUCUGCUUUUCUGGAACCUGAGUUCGCUGGCCGAUGCCUGGACUGCCUCGACCUCUUCCUCAAGGCUCCACAGCUCUGGGGACCGAAGGACGAACAGACCGCAGCCGAGCGCUCUGCGCGGAGCCGCGCGACCGCCAAGGGCCAUGCCGCAGUCCUCCGAGACGAGGACGACCUGGAGUUCUCGAGCAGAGGUCGAUCCAGCUCUGCGCUCCACCGCGAGUGCGUCGACGGCGCGCUCGAGGCGCUCCGGGAGCUCGUCAGAGUCGCUGCUCUGGGCGACCUUUUCAUCGCCGACGCCGUCCUCGCAAGGGUCCAUCGUCUGUUGGCAGACACACCGCGCCUGCAGAGUGCAGUCGAAAGCGAAGGCAUCGUCCUCAAAGGAGGCAGUGCCUCCCUCUCCCUCCACUUCCCCCUCUGUCUGCUGACAUCUCACCUGCAUCCGGAAGUACGCUCGACGGCAUCACGCUGUCUGCGUCUCUCAACUGAAGGAGAAGUCGUCGCGCACCUCAGGAGCAGGGAAUCUCAAGUUUUUCUCUCUGCCUCUUCUCGUCCGUUCUCUGCGUCCUUCCACUCUUCUGCUUUGGGUCCGGAUUUCGAGGCCUUGUGCGAAAGCGACGAGGCCGCGCCUGAGGCCGAACUGCGAGAAAGAGAAGCGCGAAGCCGAACGUUCGUGGAGCAGCAGCGGGAGCUCCAGAAGGACGCGCAGCGCGAGUGUCGGGACGCGCGGCGGCAGCGAGGUGUCUGUACAGCCGAGGACUUCAGCGCCUUCUGCGCUCGAGACGACAGCGCAUUUCUCGCCUUUCUCUUUGAGUCGACGCCGGACCCGUCGCUCUUCGCGUCUCCCAGAAAGAAGAGAAAGGAGGCGAAGGAGAAGAACUCCGAGGAGGACUGCGCGUCUACGCUGCUGCAUUCUCUCGGCCGAGCCUCAGAGAAACAGAAGAAGAGAAAGAAACGGAGGAAGAAGGAGAAGGACGUAGAAUCGCGGGGGGCUGACGCCGAGAGCGAAAGGGAUGGCGGCGGAACGCGCGAAGAGAAGAGAGAAGAAAGGGAGGAAACCGAGCAGGGAACUAACGGCGGCGGUCCCCAGCGAGACGGAGAAGAAGCAAGUGUGUAUGCAGGGCACUGCGCCAUCUCAGCGUCCCCAAAGAAGAAAAAAAAGAAAAAGAAGAAGAAGGGAGACGCUGUGGGUGACGGCUCGCAGAGCAGAGCACGAAUUCACCAAGUCGCGAAUGCCGAGGAGCAAUCGAGCUCCAGUGCCUCCGGCGAUCCGCCUUCUCCAAAGGAGAGACAGAGUCGUGAAGAAGCAGAAGAAGGGAGGAAAGCGGAAGUGGAGCAGGCCGGGGAACUUGGGGAAGGACUGGAAGGAGACAGAGGCGCAGGAGAAGCUGCAAGUGUCUCCCCUUGCGCCGCUGCCUCUGGACCUUCCCCGUGGAAUGCAGGAGCAGCGUAUUUCGAGAGCCAGCGAGCAGAGGAAGAGACGUUCCAAGCUGUGCGAGAGGAACGCGAGAAGCAAAAAGCGGCCAAGGACGCAGAGUUGGACUCGAGAGAAAACGGAGAGACGAUGAACUCGUGGUGCAGAGAAAGCGAGCCGAGCGCACAUGGGGAAGCGCGAGGAACGCAUGCAGCUGUCGAGGGCGCAGACGCGGGGGGAGAAAGGAGAUCGUCUCUCUCGAUGCCAGACGCGAGCGUCGGUCUCGACAAGGCGUUGAUCGAGCAGGAAAGAGGACGAACGAGUGCAGAGAACGACGCGGAAGCGCAGGAGAAGACCGCCGCCGACGCAUGUCAAGACGGGAAUUCUCGGCAAAGUGUACACACGCGUUGGGGAACCUGCGAGAGUCUUUCCAGAGAAGCAGAGCGCUCGGCAGAAGAAGCCAAGACGAUUCAGGCGACGACAGUGAAGUCUAUGAACAACGAAGCAGUCUACGGCGAGAGAGAGCAACAUCGAUGCGAUGGACACCGUGCGAGGGAAUCCGAUGGAUCUUGCAAGCGGACCAGGCCAGCAAACGAGAAAGCAGACAAGUCUGAGGAACAGAAAGCCAGACAGGACGCGCCACAAACCGUCUCGGCCCCCACCGAACCUGCCUCCCAUGCAGAACCGUCCUCUUCCCCAGAGGCGUCUUCUCUUUCUUCGUCUCCCUCGUCUUCUUCGUCUUCUGUCGAGGCAUCUUCGUCUUGUUUGUCUUCUGUCGAGGCGUCUUCGUCAGCGACCGUCGAGGCGUCCUGUGAAGAUGAGAGAUCGGCGGUAGUGGAGACAGUGAUUCCAGGGCGUGCGUCGCUUCCAUCUGUGGGGCCUGGUCUCCUCUCUCCAGUUGCUGUGGCUGCGGUUUCUCGUCUGUCCGUUGCUUCAUCCGCCUCGUCUUCCAGUGCAUCUGGACCUCGGUUCUCUUCCUGUCUCUCUUCGUCUCUUUCUGCUUCUCCUGUGUUCUGCUCCCCUUCCGCUUCGCCCUCGUCGUUUUUCGCCUCCUCGCGACAUGGUGCGUCGGAUGCAGUUUCUUUGAGCACCGACGCGUCCUUCUCUGCUGCUCUCUGCGCCUCUUCCUCGGCUCUGUCUUCCGAGCGUCUCUCUUCUUCCUCGCUUUCUUCUCAGCCGCCUCUUGCAAGCGCAGGGGCGCCUUUCUCGCGCGCAAGAGCGUGUUCUUCUCCCCCUUCUGCUUCGAGUCCACCUUCUGUCGCUUCGCCAUCCUCCUCGUCAUCCCCUUCGUCGUCCUCCGCUUCGUCGUCUUCGUCGUCUUCUUCGCCUCAGUUGAUCCCGAGGAAGCCUGUGAGUCGCGCCUCGUUCUCAGGUCCCGCCCCCCUCGCUGAGGUGUCUGGACACCCCGGCGCCGCGUCUGGAGAGGAGGCUGGAAAGAAGCGCGCUUCCUCCUAGUUCGCGCCGCAAAUCCACGAAGAUGAAAAGAGCGACCGACCGCGAAAGAGACUCACCGACCGCGCUUGUCGAUGCGAAAAGCCGAGGUGGAAGUUUCAGAGAAGCCCAGAGCAGACGGACGCGAGAGAGAAACUGCAGAGGGAAGACACACAGUUGAGAUGUGUAUACACCGCAGCGCGGGGAGGCCUGAGGCUUGGUGACUGUGGGGGCGUCAGCGGAUUUUUCCGGUUUUUUCAGGUUUCCGUUUUUCUCGCCUGAUUCGUCCAUGGUGCUUCCGUUGUUCGUUUUUCGUGGACUGCUUGUAAAUUUCUCCUCGGCUGUCGGUUCCAGCGUGAGGUCCGAGUGCGAGGCUUUUCGUUUCGAGUUUUCGAGUCUCUCUGCAACGCCUCUUGAACGUUUCGCGUUCGGCGACUCGCUUGUGCGACUGAAGACGAAAAGUCGAGACAGAGACAAUCUGAGCUCACCUGGAGCAAGACGAGGAAGAAAAUAGAGACCAGAACACAGAUACUCUCUACGCAUUUUCUGCUGCUGGAAGAGGGAGCUCUGUUUCGCCUUGCUCUUGGACAGAGUUGGGGACGCGGUUGUCUCUUCUUGCUUGCCCCUCUGCCGCCACUUUGAGUCUUUGAAGGCGGACAAAAGAACGCUAGACCGUUUAUCUUUUCUUUUGGGGGCGACUCAGAAGCUGCACUACGAAACUGUUGCCCCAUUGAUCAUGGACCCGUUUGUAUUUAUGUUUUAGACCAGGUCUCACUCCAAAAGCCUUUGCGCCGAGCGAAAGAGAGACAGAGAGAAAAGAGCGAAACAGAACAGCAGGCGGCUUCAGAGCUAAUCUGGGGCGUCAAGGAACGUGCGGCGCCGCGUCGAAAGGCCAUGGUUUCACCCGGAGUUUUCUAUGCGAGUACCUUUUUGCAAAAACGGAAACCAAUGUGCGUUGGUUUCGAAAUCUCCACUUGUAUGAAUGCGUGUACGCGGCGAGUUCCAGAGACAUGGAGAAGUCGUAGAAAAGUCAAAAGAGUAGAGAGACGGAUGGGGACAGUUCGCUCGGCGCAGCCGUCCGUCCUUUGUUGAAAGUCUCUGCUUCUUCUCGCCGGUGCAGAUCCGCUGAUGGCCGCGGACGAGACCGCAUUCCGAACUGUGCAGUCAAAGGCGUCCAAGUGGAGAUCUGCAUCUCUGCAUGCAGCUGCGUUUGCAGAACGUCGUACGCGUGCUUCUCUCUGCAGAUCUUCGCAUGUCUACACCGCUGGUUUCUGGAGGCUAGUGUCCGUGAACAUUUGUCUAUCUGUGGCUUUGCUCAGAGCGGCGUUUCCCAGUGUCUGGCUCUCCUCUUUUUCCGUUUCGUUGAGAUGCGUGUGUACUCUGUGGUGCCGGGCGCAGGACGUCGGUGGGGGAGGCCCAUGCAGGUUGUGCAGGUCUGGAUUUCGCCUUUUGGAGGGUGUCGCUCCUCUCGUUUCGUCUGCAAAGGAUCAGGG